AUGGGAAAAACACACAGAAGAGAAAGAGCAACACGUAAAAGUAAUAAGCCAUCAUGGGAGAUAAAGAAUCCCAUGGUACGGCCUGUACAAGCUAUAAACGUAGCUGGUUCACCAAGCAUGCGAAGUGAAAGAGACAGGACCAGAACAGGAAUCAGAAUGGGGGCAACACCACAGCAGCAGAGUGAGCACACUGCCGCCAGACCAAUUGAAGAAAUAACUCUGAAUAAUGUUCAGUCAGACCAGGAGUUGAAGCUUGCACUGAAUGCAAUUAAUAGGUCAGCCAAGAAAAUAGCAGAUGCACAGAAAACAAAGAAGUACAGCACAUGGACAACUGCAGAUGAGGAUUAUACCCUACCAAUAGACCAGAGUAAGCAAACAGCAGUAAUUGAAGAUGAUGAUAAUGAGAAUGAACAAGAUGCAGCGGAUAAAAUAAAGAAUCAGUUAGAGUCAACAUCUGCCAGUAACUGGAAAGACUUUCCAACAAAAGGAAUGCCUGUCCCAUCAGAAUCCACUGCAGGACCAUCCAGUGGAGCUGCAGGGUCAUCUAAAGGCAUACAUAAAGAUGUUCAGAGAAUGAGUCUGAAAAAAGGAGACUCUUUCAAUAGAACACCUUCUAAUUCAGCACAAAGUCAGUCUAUGCAAAGAAAUAGUGCUUUAUCAGGAUACUCCACUGAGAAGACAAAACAAAGAAAUGCAGCUGAUUUAUUGCCAACACCAGCACACUUAAAGCAUGAUAAGAAGCAGUACGGUGCAUUCACUCCAAAAACAAAAGGGAACAAUAUAAGAGCCCCCCUUAAGAAAUCAGUUGGUAUGGCAGAUAAUUCAUUUGAUUCUACAACCAAGCCAGGAUCAAAUAAGUUACAGCCAGCAUAUAAAAGCAAGGAAGUAGUUGGGUACAGCAAAGUUAAUCCAAAGACGAAUUCUCGUGCUACUUACUUUACCAUAGCAAAUAGCGGCAUAAGCAAAGACCAGCCAGACAAGUGCACAGGUGCAGUAAAAAAGUGUCCAAAAGCACUGGAAGCAACUCCAGCAAGUAAGGCAAAAUUCGCAGCUGCAAAUUUAGCAAGAAUUGCAACACUUGCACCAAAAUCCCUAGAAUUAACAGAAUCUGCAACAGGUGCAUUACGUGUGCAGAGAAGAAGGCAUACUGAUGUGGUAAACAACGUGUUUAAAUCCAAGAAUUCUUCAAAGAAUGAUCCAUUCUUAAAAAGAGUCCAUCACAAAGUAAACAACAGAACAGCAAUGAACGAGUACGCUAAAGAACCCAAAUAUUCUUCAACGUAUAAGCAGCCUUCAAUUGAGGAUUAUGAUGAGUAA